GAAUUUCCAUAUGACAUGGGUGUGGCCCUAAAAAGCAAAAAAAAAGCAGCUUGGUUGGGGGUGCUCCAUGGAGUACUGGAAUCUUUCCUUGGCCUAAGCUGCCCCCUGGUGGCAAUGAGCAGCACUACCUCCUUUAUCCAAGUCAGGGAAGGCUUUACACCCAUUUUAAAGACAGUGAAAAUUGAGGCACAGAAAAGAGGGGGGUGCUAUUUUCUGAGUUCCUCCCUAUAGUGAUAAUUACCAUCAAAAUCACCAGUUAGCAGCACGGUUGUGCUCAGCAGGGCCUUGAACACCUUUUGUGAAUGAGAACCAGCACCAGUGGUGGGCGGCUGCUAACUCUGGGCAUAGACACAAGUGUGGCAAAGCCCGGCAAGGAAGGUCUGUGGAUUUCAGGUGUCCUCUCUCCUCCAGUCCUCUCUGCACAACACUAGGGGGCAGCACUACCCUGUCAGUACCUUACUCAAGCCUUCAACAUCCCUCCAGUAAAGACAAUUUUCAGCUCGGUGUUUUGGCUGAGGAAGUCAAGACUCAGAGAGGUAAAGUGACCUUUCCAAGGACACUCAGCCAGUAGGCAGUGGAAGCCUGAUUCCACCUUAGAUGGCCUGGCUUUGCCCCUUUCUCUGACCUGGGACCCUCACAGUAUUCUGCACUGGGCCCAGGCUGGUCACUAGGCACUUCCGCAAACCUUUCCCCACUCAGGCCAGCCUCCUGGGAGUCUGUCCAGACAUGCAAGAGCGGAUUUCAGGAUGGACUCUACCCUGAGCAAACUUUCCCAGUCACAGGCGCCUUUCUCACCCAUCGGGAACCCGGCAAGCACCGGCAAACUCCUAAGCCCCUUGCCGCUUUCUACUGAGGAAACUGCGGCUCGAUGAUAUUUAGCUGCUGCCCCUCCAGGCUGGUGGCAAGCGGCGCAGGGAAGCACUCGGGGGCGUUUCUCCGCAUCUCCGCACAGUGGGACCAACUCGGCCCUGGCAGGAGCCCGCGGAAGGCAAUACAGUCUCGGAAGAGUCUCCAUCCCCGGCCCUUGAAUCCACUGAGGAAGGGGCAUCACUCCCAAGGGGCAGGUUCCUACAAACAAAACAGAGGUUGGAGGACGCAGAAAACCCCCCAAGAGAGCGGGGAUCAGGACUCUCUGUGGGGAAAUCCCCGGUGCCCUGUCCGUGCCAGCCACGCCGCCCGGCCUGGACUCGGGGCACCUGGUCAGCCCAGUCUGUCGUAACUAGGCCACCACCCGGCCGGCCACGGGAGACUCCUGACCCCCGCGCGAGCGCCCCCGGCGGACGAGAGGCCAAGGCCGCAGGGCCAUGCCGCGCAGGGCCCCGUAGCGCCUGGGGGCGGGAAGCCGGCGUGCCGGCGGAGGUCCCCUCGGCGCGCCUAUUGGCUGGAGUCGACGCCCAUCCGAGCCCCGAGGCCCGGCAAUUGGCGGGUGGGGGCGGAGUUCGCGGAGCCCAAUGAAUGGGGGAGCCGGAAGCAGGAAGUGAGUUUGCGAUCCGAGCAGCUGCGGCAGCAGGGCCCAUGGCGGACACCCAGUACAUCCUCCCCAAUGACAUCGGCGUGUCUAGCCUGGACUGCCGCGAGGCCUUCCGCCUGCUGUCGCCCACAGAGCGCCUCUAUGCCCACCACCUGUCACGGGCCGCCUGGUACGGAGGCCUGGCUGUCCUGCUGCAGACCUCCCCUGAGGCCCCCUACAUCUAUGCCUUGCUCAGCCGCCUCUUCCGUGCCCAGGACCCCGACCAGCUGCGCCAGCAUGCCCUGGCUGAGGGCCUUACCGAGGAGGAAUAUCAGGCGUUCCUGGUCUACGCUGCGGGCGUCUACUCCAACAUGGGCAACUACAAGUCCUUCGGCGACACCAAGUUUGUCCCCAACCUGCCUAAGGAGAAGCUGGAACGUGUGAUCCUGGGGAGUAAGGCCGCGCAACAGCACCCGGAGGAAGUCAGGGGCCUCUGGCAGACCUGCGGGGAGCUCAUGUUCUCUCUGGAAUCCAGGCUUCGACACCUUGGGCUGGGGAAGGAGGGAAUCACCACCUAUUUCUCUGGGAACUGUACCAUGGAAGAUGCCAAACUGGCCCAAGACUUUCUGGACUCACAGAAUCUCAGUGCCUACAACACACGGCUCUUCAAGGAGGUCGACCAGGAUGGGAAACCCCACUACGAGGUGCGCCUGGCUUCCGUGCUGGGCACAGAACCUAGUCUGGACACUGAAAUGACUUCCAAACUGAAGAGCUACGAAUUCCAGGGCAGUGAUUUCCGGGUGACGCGGGGGGACUACGCACCCAUCCUCCAGAAGGUGGUGGAGCACCUGGAAAAAGCCAAGACGUAUGCAGCCAACAGCCACCAGGAGCAAAUGCUGGCCCAGUACAUAGAAAGCUUCACCCAGGGCUCCAUCGAGGCCCACAAGAAGGGCUCUCGCUUCUGGAUCCAGGACAAAGGCCCCAUCGUGGAGAGUUACAUCGGGUUCAUCGAGAGCUACCGAGACCCCUUUGGUUCCCGCGGAGAGUUUGAAGGCUUUGUGGCCAUGGUGAACAAGGCCAUGAGUGCCAAGUUUGAGUGGCUGGUGGCAAGUGCAGAGCAGCUGCUGAAGGAGCUGCCCUGGCCCCCAGCCUUCGAGAAGGACAAGUUCCUCACCCCCGACUUCACCUCUCUGGAUGUUCUCACCUUCGCUGGCUCCGGCAUCCCUGCGGGCAUCAACAUCCCCAACUAUGAUGACCUGCGGCAGACGGAAGGCUUUAAGAACGUGUCGCUGGGGAACGUGCUGGCCGUGGCCUAUGCCACGCAGCGGGAGAAGCUCACCUUCCUGGAAGAGGAUGACAAGGACCUGUACAUCCGCUGGAAAGGGCCCUCCUUUGAUGUGCAGGUGGGGCUGCAUGAGCUGCUGGGUCACGGCAGCGGCAAGCUCUUCGUGCAGGAUGAGAAGGGAGCAUUCAACUUUGACCAGGAGACGGUGAUCAACCCAGAGACGGGGGAGCAGAUUCAGAGCUGGUACCGGAGCGGGGAGACCUGGGACAGCAAGUUCAGCACCAUCGCCUCCAGCUACGAAGAGUGCCGGGCCGAGAGCGUGGGCCUCUACCUCUGCCUCAACCCGCAAGUGCUGGAGAUCUUCGGCUUCGAGGGGGCCGACGCGGAGGAUGUGAUCUACGUGAACUGGCUCAACAUGGUUCGGGCCGGGCUGCUCGCUCUGGAGUUCUACACCCCUGAGGCCACCAGCUGGAGACAGGCCCACAUGCAGGCCCGGUUUGUGAUCCUGAGGGUCCUGCUGGAGGCUGGCGAGGGACUCGUGUCCGUCACCCCGACCACAGGCUCCGAUGGGCGCCCGGAUGCGCGGGUCCGCCUUGACCGCAGCAAGAUCCGGUCUGUGGGCAAGCCCGCCCUGGAGAGGUUCCUGCGGAGGCUCCAGGUGCUGAAGUCCACCGGGGAUGUCGCCGGAGGCCGGGCCCUCUACGAGGGGUAUGCAGCGGUCACCGAUGCGCCCCCCGAGUGCUUCCUCUCGCUCAGGGACACGGUGCUGCUCCGCAAGGAAUCUCGGAAGCUCAUCGUUCAGCCCAACACUCGCCUGGAAGGCUCAGAAGUACAGCUUCUGGAGUACGAAGCCUCAGCUGCUGGCCUCAUCCAGUCCUUUUCUGAGCGCUUCCCAGAGGAUGGGCCCGAGUUGGAGGAGAUCCUCACCCAGCUGGCCUCAGCCGAUGCCCGCUUCUGGAAGCGCCCCUGUGAAGCCCCUUCUGGCCAGGCUUGAGCCAGACUUGUGUGGCCCCUCCCCCCACUCCAUCAAACCAGCGUUGCAAGUGGCCCUCUUUGUGUGUGUGUGUGUGUGUGUGUGUGUGUUUUAGGGGCUGGGGAGGGGCAGGAGCCUGGACCUUGGUGCUACCUCAGCUGAGGGUGGUGACACUAAGCCCUUCCAUUUGUCAGCACUUUCCAGCUUACCAAGUGCUUCCCCUCUGUUAUCCCAUUUGAUCUGCGCUGCCCUCUGUGGGGUGGGCAAGGCAAGGCCCCUUAUCCUGCUUCCCACCUGAGGAAAUGCAAGUGACCUGUCUACAUCCUACAGGACUCAAAAUCUCUCCCAAUGCAGUGCUCUUCGUGUGUUACUUUUAUAACCAGAAAAGUAAAUAUUAGAAACCACCA